UCUGCUUGCCUACCAUUUUUUUUGAGGUCUAUUUUGCCAGAGGGGUUCCUACCCACCUCCCAGCCUGAGAACCGAGGCUCCUACAGGCACCAACACUGACUUUUUUAGGGCCAGCUCUAGUUAAAGGGACUUAAGGCUGUAUAUAUGUGCGCACCCCCCCCCCUUCCCGUCCCCCAUCCAGGCUCCUCAGAACUUUCAGAAUUGGGGUCAAGUUAGGACAUGCUAGAACAUGGGUCUAGGAUAAGAUUGUGUGUGGGGGUUGUACCGCCCACUAACCUCUCGAUAGUUAUUUGGGAGCCCAUGACUGAAAUUUCAUGCCCCCCUAUCUCACUCUAAAAGGUGUCAAGGUUCAGUGUAGUGUGGAUUUGAAGCAGCUUUCAGAGCAGUGAGGUUCACAGAGCCAUGUAGAGACCUUAAAAGUGAGCUGUUGGCAUGUAUGCAUUCUCCGGGUGGUCUUGACUCUGGACUGUGUAAUAAACUCCCUGCCCAUUUAAUUUCAUCUGUCGAAGUGGUUCAUAUUCAUUAGCUGGUUUAGGAGAGGGGAGAUUGCCAAAAAGGAAAAAAAAAAAUCAUGUGUUGGGGAUGACCAGAGGCAGAGGCCUACUUACAGCUAGGCCCCAGAGACCCUGAUUCUUUGCUAUUGAACACUUGACCUUAAAAUAUUUCGAAUCACAAGAUUUGGGGUGGGGGUGGGGGUGGGAGAAUCUUCUCGGUCCUUCAUUUAGCUGAUUUUUUUUUUUUUUGUCUUUUCACCAUCCGUUCAUCCUCCAUACGAUUUGGUGGUCCACACGCCUUGUGCAUCAGCUCUCCUAGCAUGCAAAAGUAAUUGGCCUGUUGCUUUGGAAAUAUUCCUAAUUUGUAACACUGGUCCUGCAUCUCUGCAGAAAUACAAACAGGAGCAAGAUAACCCCUGAUUCCCACUGGGCGUGGAAAGUAGGUCAGUGCUACUCUCUGGCCAAGGCUCAGGGGUGGUGUUUAAGCCUUGAGUAUAGAAAAAUGUGAGGAUUGUCCACAGACAAUACAUGUCUGACUUAGGUUCCAAACCAGGUCACAGACACUCUGUUGGUGCUCUCCCUUAUUGAGAGUGAUUUAUGAGCUCUUGUGCCUGAGACCUGGUUUGAUGGAAAGAUGACGGAAGCCAUCUUGACUGGGCCUAGGAGGUCCCCGGUGGAUUUUACUGAUUUUAGGCCACCUUCUGGGAAGCUUCCCCUGAGGAGAAAUUCAGAUUACAUUUUUGCCUUCUUAGGUAUCACAGCUUUCCAUCCUGGAAACUGCUACAUGCAAAAAGUGUGGGAUCUGUUGUUGUUCGGGGGAGGAAGCCUUGCUGUGUUUCUGCUCCUUUUUUGCCUCAGAUAUUAGGCCAUUUUCCUUUGAGACAUUUUGCGUGGUGUUUUACCAAGCAAUUUUAGAGGCCCUAGAAUCUCCUCAGGAUCAGAAUAUGUGCCCAUAGGUUAGUCAGCUAUGACCAUGCAGUAUUCUCUCUCACACACACCCCCCUCCUGGCCAUCUGCUUCCUCUGAAUAUACCAGAUUGGCUGUACACCAGGAUGUUCCGGGAAUCCCCAGGAAAGCAACAGAAUGUGAUGGACUCAAAUACGAUGCCUCAGUAACUCAUUCCAGGAUGUACAAACUGUAACUGUUAUGACAUUCUGUAUAGCUAAUUAAAAUUUUUCUAGGUAUGUGUAUUUUCUAUUCUAUUUUCAAUGACGUCCAAAAGGCCAAAGUAUCCUCCCCUCCAUAGUUUCUCUGAUACGCCCCCAUAGUUCCCAAAUAGGAUUUUUUUCCUCAUCCGCUAGUUUCCAUGUCCUCUCUUUGGUGCUAAAAUGGCCAAUGUGGCCUCUCUAGCACUUCCUAGCUCUAUCUGUGAUACUGAGGUAGCCAAAGUGGUGGCUCUAGUAGCCCACUGCACUCUCCAUGGUACUGAAGGAAUGACCAUUUGUUUUAACAUCUCUUGGGGUCCAGAAGAGUCUUGUGACUUAAAACCAGGCAACUUUCAAGUUGGCAGGGACUUUAACUGUAAAUUUAUUAUAACUCAUUUUCAGAGAUGGCAAACUGAGAGAUUCAGUGAUUUACUCAGGGAUGUAAGACAUAGGCUUACAAUGGCCUUGUACCCCUUAGUUCUAUUCUAAUUCACCUUUAUGCAGUUUUCAGUGAGCCCGGUCAGACUGUUGGUCCCAAUUUAUGUGGAGGAUCCAUAGGACAAGAAUGGGUGCCUGAAUUUGGACCCACAGAAACACACAUAUUAAGUAUCAGUGGCUGUCCAGUGACACUUGAGCAGGACAUUUUGUUAAUGUAUCUGACAAUGCUCUCAAAGGUCAGAGUCUGCGUGUAACAGGUGUUUGCCCCUUCAUAGAGUCUUGCCACAUCCAUUCGAUGUUGAAAAUUAAAGACGCUUUAAAUCACUGCUGAUAAGCGGGGCUCACUCCUGGCCCAGUUCACUUCAAUUAAAGAUUUGUAAGUAAAGUAAUGCUUGAGUCCUUUUCUUUCUUAGUAAUUCAGUUUCAUAAGUCUCAUUGUAAGGAAGUCCUUUAUCAAAUAUUAUGUCUGAGGUUAAAAAAAAGCUAGGCCCAAGUUCAUCUAGCCUGAACAAGAUACAGUUCUGUGUGGAGGGAAGAAGGCAGAGAGGAUGACUUCUGGCCAUCCACUGAAGUCUAAUUCCAUGACCUUGUCAGGAGACCCGCCCCUUACCAUCCUCUCCCUCAACUCUCCUCCUCCCUGCCCUGUGCAGCACUUGUCAGGGAUAGGGAAUUUUAGAUGGAGAAUUUUAACCCCUUCCUGCUCAGAGCAUGUGUGGAUCCCCCUAUCUGUGCAGAUGGCAAGGCCCCGCCCCCCGUCCCUCACUCCAGCCUCUUGAGCUCAGAGCCAGUGUAAUCCUCCUCUUGUGUGAGGAAGCCUCUCCCCUGCAGAGAGGAGGAAAGCCUGCCUCGGAACAGCUCUGGACAAAGGGGCUGAGAUGCCCCAUCAAACCACUGGCUCCAAGGUUUGAAACGGGGUGAAACCUAAAUGGGAUCUGCAGUUUUUAACCCCUUCCCUAGGCUGGUAGUGCCCCUUAACUUCCACGCCUCCCCCAACUCUCUUCAUUCCCUCUGUAGCUGGCUCUCCCUUCACGCCCCUCCCCCUCCGUCUCCAGACUCUGCUGCUGGGAGGUGUUUCUCUCCCAUGCAUGAAUGAGUCUCUGUAAUGAAUGGAAAUGAAUGGAUCAGGAAUCCAGGAAGGGGGAGGGGGAAGAGGAAAGACCAGAAGACUGGGUGCCGGCAAAAGCGAGGAGGAGGAACCUGGAGGGAUUUUGGCUGGCUGGCCCGGGGUCUGAGAGGAGCUGGUACCACUUGGAUAACAGGAGUAUGGCUAGCCCUCCACAUUUGUUUAUCCAGUGGCACAGCCCAAUGCAAGUGGAAGAGGGGUAUACUAUAAUGGCCUCCCACAUUGUGAUUGUGUGUGUGUGUGUGUGUGUGUGUGUGUGCGCGCGCGCGCGCACGCGCGCGCGCGCGGUGAUGGUGUUUCUGGACUAGGUGUUUAAAACAUCAUUUGGGGGAGGAAUUCUGGGUUUGUCAUACAAAUUGGCUGAUAAAGGGGUGCAAGUUUUGAGGACAGCAAAUAGGAAGCAUGCGAGACCUCAAGAUCCAAGUAGGGAGAAGGGAUGGGUUUUAAGAAUACAGGCUGCAAAGUGGGGUGACUUGACUGCUGAAAGCCAGGGCUCAUCUUUCCUCCAAUCAAUCUGUCUUGUUUUAGCACCUCCGCACCUGUUGCCUUCAUUAGCAGCUUUCCUUCCUCCUCCUUCCAAUCCUCAGAACCAAAGAAUGUGAAGGGGGUCCAUGGAGGGCUCACGUCCCCGCAUCUUGGUCGGCCACCUAGAGCCUUCCCCACCAGCCUUCGACGGCGAGCUGGAUCUGCAGCACUACUCCAACGGACCAGGUGUGAGCACCGGGUCGCCUGGAAUGGGAGCAGUGGGCUGGUCUGAGACUCGUGCAGGCGAACGGCGCUUCCCCUGUCCUGUGUGCGGAAAGCGCUUCCGAUUCAAUUCCAUCCUGGCUUUGCACCUGCGAGCCCACCCCGGCGCCCAAGCCUUCCAGUGCCCACAUUGUGGCCAUCGUGCAGCGCAGCGGGCUCUGCUGCGCUCACAUCUCCGAACACACCAGCCCGAGCGUCCACGAAGCCCUGCUGCACGCCUGUUGCUGGAGUUGGAGGAACGCGCCCUGCUACGUGAAGCCCAACUGGGAAGAGCCAGAAGCUCAGGGGGCAUGCAGGCCACCCCAGCCACAGAGGGCCUGGCGCGCCCUCAGGUUCCUUCCUCGUCUGCCUUCCCUUGCCCUUUCUGCAAAGGCAAGUUUCGCACCUCAGCGGAGAGGGAACGCCACCUGCAUAUCCUGCACAGGCCCUGGAAGUGCAGCUUGUGCAGUUUUGGCUCCAGCCAGGAGGAGGAGCUGCUGCACCACAGUCUGACGGCCCACGGGGCCUCCGAGCGCCCUCUGGCGGCUACUUCGACGCCCGAACCCCAGCCUCCACCCCAGCCAGAACCCAGAUCUGCCCUUGAGCCUGAGCCAGAACCUGAACCUAGGCCUGAGCCUGAACAUGAGGCGAACCCUGCCCCGACUCCUGCACCCCCGGAGGAACCCCCUGCGCCACCUGAGUUCCGUUGCCAGGUGUGUGGCCAGAGCUUUACACAGUCCUGGUUUCUCAAGGGUCACAUGCGCAAGCACAAGGCUUCUUUUGAUCAUGCAUGCCCCGUGUGUGGUCGCUGCUUCAAGGAGCCCUGGUUCCUUAAGAACCACAUGAAGGUGCACACCAGCAAGCUGGGUCCUUUGCGUGCCCCGGGGCCUGGCUCUACCCCUGCCAGGGCCCCUCAGCCUCCUGACAUGAGCCUGCUGGCUUAUGAGCCACUGGGCCCUGCACUCCUACUGGCCCCAGCACCCACCCCAGCUGAGCGCCGAGAGCCCCCGAGCCUCUUAGGCUACCUGAGUGUAAGAGCUGGGGAAGUACGACCCAAUGGUGAGGGUGCCGACCCUGGAGCUGGACGAAGCUAUGGAGGAGGAUUCCGCCCGCUGCCUUCAGCUCUUCCCAAUCGGGCCAGGCGACACCGUACAGAGGAACCAGAGGAGGAAGAAGAGGUGGUGGAGGCGGAAGAGGAGAGCUGGGCCCGGGGCAGGUCGCUGGGCACUCUGACUUCCCUGCACCCCCACCCCGGUGAGGGGUCAGGACAAUCUGCACCUGCCGUAGGGGCCCAGGCAAGACCUACAGGCACCCAAGAAGAAAAUGGGCUGCUGGUUGGAGGGGCCCGAUCCGAAGCGGGCCGUGGGGCCACUGGCAAGGACUGCCCCUUCUGUGGAAAAUCGUUCCGCUCGGCACAUCACCUGAAAGUGCAUCUUCGAGUACAUACAGGUGAGCGUCCCUACAAAUGUCCACACUGCGACUAUGCAGGUACCCAGUCUGGCUCACUCAAGUAUCACCUUCAGCGUCACCACCGAGAGCAGAGGAGCAGUGCAGGUCCUGGGCCUCCUCCAGAACCCCCGCCCCCUUCCCCGCGGGGCGCAGCCUCACUGCAGCCGCAGUCAGGAGCUAAGCCAACUCAGGCCUCUGCCACCUGGGUGGAGGGCACUGCAAGUACCCGGCCUUCUUCGAGCGGCACCGGAGCAGGGUCCCGUAGGAAGCCUGCCAGCCCUGGGAGGACCCUGCGCAACGGGAGAGGUGGUGAGGCCGAACCCCUGGACCUGUCCCUACGGGCAGGCCCGGGAGGUGAAGCCGGGUCAGGGGGUGCCCUUCACCGCUGCCUCUUCUGCCCCUUUGCCACCGGAGCUCCUGAGCUCAUGGCCUUGCAUCUGCAAGUACACCACAGCCGUCGGGCUCGGGGCCGCCGGCAGCCCCGGGCUGAUACAUCUCCACCCUAUGUCCGAGCACCAUCAGGAGAAACGCCUCCCAGCCCUCCACUAGAAGAGGAGGGCAGCCCCGGGCUGUCUAGAUCUGGAGAGGCCGGUCUUGGGGGGCAAGAACGGUAGGGAGCCCCCUUAGGAGUGAUUAGCUUAGUAAGCUUACCCCGCAGGAGCGGGGAAGUGCUAGAGGUAGUUGGGUAGAGCAGCCAGCAGGGAGCAGUGUGGGACCCGUAUCCCAGCCCAAGGUGGACCAAGAGGUAAAGUGGACAGUGGGUGAAGGAGGGUGGGGCAAGCAGUACCCACCCAGCCCAGGGGAGUCACAGUGCCUUAGAAGUGGCAGAGGUGAGGGUCAAAGAACGGGGUCCUAGGGCUGGUAGAGGAUGUGUUCCCGUUGAGGAGCCACUCUGCCAGUUUCUGCUGGUCCAUAGGCAUGAGAGUUUAUUUUUGUAUAAGGGGUGGGGGUGGGGGGCACUGUACCCUUCUAGCCCUAUCAGGGGCCCUGUAGACGUUGCUAUUUUUGGUACGAUUCCUGUCAUCCCUGUUGAAGAGUCAUGUCCCCAAUAAACAGGUGUCUUGAGGCACAAGG